CACAAAGCAAGUGCCAAGACGCCCCGCCACACACCGGGCCUGUGGAUAAAAGCAAGCAAAAUGCCUCAGUCGAGGACAGUGUAGUCAUGUUGGGCUGGAACGAGGAAGUGCAGUGGAGAGGGGAGGGACUGAGGGCGCAGCUCCAUGGGGCCGCGGUGCUGCGACCUUCUGCACAUGGAGCCGGGGACAGUUGGAAGAACUUCAUACUGCAAACUCAAGGAAUAGCAGAGUACUUGCACCGCAUGGAGACAGAGGAGGCCCAGGAAAUGGCCCCAAUGCCAGGCCGAGACAGCCCCCCUGCCAACGAAGGGGCCGAGGAGGCAGAGGAGCCCAUGGCUGUCCCAGAGGACCUGUCGGCGGGCUCCGCCCACCAGCAGCACGACAGAGGGGACAAAGCCUGUAACAUUAAAGUUGAGGCUCGCAGUGAUGAGGAGAAUGGGCUGUCCUGUGACAUGAAUGGCGUGGAGGAGGAGGAGUGCGCGGAAGACUUGCGCGUGAUCGAUGCCUCGGGGGUCAAGGUGAACGGCUCACAGCCGAGUCCCCAAGCCAAGGUCUUCUCCUCGGCUGGUGGCAUCCGGCUGUCCAACGGGAAGCUCAAGUGCGAUAUCUGUGGGAUAGUUUGUAUUGGCCCCAAUGUGUUGAUGGUGCACAAGCGAAGCCACACUGGAGAACGUCCCUUCCAGUGCAGCCAGUGCGGUGCUUCUUUCACCCAGAAGGGCAACCUGCUGCGUCACAUCAAGCUCCACUCUGGAGAGAAACCCUUCAAGUGUCACCUUUGCAGUUAUGCCUGUCGCAGGAGGGACGCUCUCUCCGGACACCUGCGCACCCACUCUGUCGGAAAACCCCACAAGUGCGCUUACUGCGGGCGGAGUUACAAGCAGCGCAGCUCCCUGGAGGAGCACAAGGAGAGAUGUCACAACUACCUCCAAUGCAUGGGGCUGCAGAACAGCAUCUACACAGUAGUAAAGGAAGAAAGCAGCCAGAAUGAACAGAGGGAAGACUUAAGCCAGACGGGAUCUGACAGAGCUUUGGUGCUAGACAGGCUAGCUAAUAAUGUAGCUAAGCGUAAGAGCACUAUGCCACAGAAGUUUGUGGGUGAAAAGCGCCUGUCAGACCUCUCCUACGACGGAGCGCCAGGCGAGCUGAUUCAGCCCCACGUCAUCGACCAGGCCAUCAACAGUGCCAUCAGCUACCUGGGGGCAGAGUCGCUCCGGCCCCUGGUCCAGCCCUCCCCUGCCUCCUCUUCUGAUGUGGGCAUGGGCUCCAUCUACCCGCUGCACAAACCGGCCCCGGAAGCACAAACAGGAACGGGCCACAACCUGUCAGCCAAGGACAGUGCGGCCGCGAACCUGCUUCUGCUCUCCAAGUCCAAGUCUGCCUCCAGCGAGAAGGACGGCUCUCCGAGCCACAGCGGCCAAGACUCCACUGACACGGAGAGCAACAGCGGUGAUCGAGCAGGUGGGGCGGCCCCCGGCCUCAUCUACCUGACCAAUCACAUCACCUCGGGGGUGCGGAAUGGCGCGCUGCCCCACGUGAAGGAGGAACAGCACCGACAGUACGAGGCCAUCCGAGCAAGCAUGGAGAUGGCCUCGGAGGGCUUCAAAGUGAUGACGGCGGACGGUGAGCAGGUGAGGGCGUACAGGUGUGAACAUUGUCGUGUUCUCUUCCUGGACCAUGUCAUGUACACCAUACACAUGGGCUGCCACGGCUUCAGAGACCCCUUUGAAUGCAAUCUCUGUGGCCAUCGCAGUCAAGACCGAUAUGAGUUCUCUUCUCACAUUACACGAGGGGAGCAUCGCUACUGACACGUAAUGACCACAACACACACAUCAAAUCAAUGCCUGGAAGUGCAUAAUAUGAAAUAAACAGUUGACGUGUGAAAGUGUGUUUUUAUACAGUGUGCAUGUUUGUGGAAUACAGAAGUGUUUAAAAGCCACCUGUAUCUCAUUUUUAAAUAUAAAACGUAUGUAAAAAAAAUAACAAACUAAAUAGUGUUCAUUAAAGACAAAAUGGCAAAAAUGUUGUGCCAAAACAGCAUCACAUCUUACAGUAUGUAAAUGUUCUUACGUUUCAUUAUAUGUGUGUAUAGGGACACUUUUUUUCUACAACCAAGCAGCAACUUUAUUUUGUUUGGUUUUUUUUUUUUACUUAAAAAAACAUAUGUAUUUACAGGUGUGUUCAAUCAGUGCAAGCUAAUUGUCUGGAUAAAACACAAUCAAUCACAAAUGCCAAUGUAGAUAACUCUUCAUCGAGUACAACAACCCACAUAUUAUUUAUAUUACAUUUAGUUGCUCAUUUUUUUUUUGUAUUUAUUACUGUGAUUGGUGUUUGUCAAUAGAAUAGUUGCCACUCCUCCUGUUCAACUGUAUUAAGUGUGUUUAUGGCGAAAACAUGACUGCUGCUGAACGGCAAAGAUGAAGACAAUGUUAUAUUGGAAAUUGUUACGUUCCUGUCAAAUUAGAAUUGUUUUGCUCACAAGAUUUCAGCUGUUUGAGGCUUAGAGGGAGUUUCAUGGUAACAAAAUAUCAAUAAAGAAUAUUUUAUAUA